AUGGAUAAUCAAUUAGUUCCUUCUACUUCUAAAGCUAAUUCUCAGACGAUUCAGAUUUCCUGGUCUCCUCCUCAUCAUGGUGUUGUUAAGAUAAAUUUUGAUGGGUCUGUACGCGGUACCUCAGGUGCAGGUGUAGUUAUCAGAGACCACUUGGGUAAUCAUAUUUGUAGUCGGUCUUUUAAUAUUGACACAAGUACGCCUCUUAUUGCUGAAGCUACUACCCUUCGCAAUGGCCUUCUAUUUGCACGGUCCCACACUUUUUCCCAUAUUUUUAUUGAAGGGGAUAACUUACUUAUAAUUAAUAUUUUGCAGGGUAAAACUCAGUGCCCAUGGAAGAUUCAGUUAUUGCUGGAAGAUAUAAGGGAGCUCCUACGUCUUUCUCUUCCGUCGAAUCCAGGCACAUCUAUAGAGAGGGCAAUAUAG